GCUCCGGGGCCUAGUGGCCCUACCGGUGCCACCUGGCCGUCCCUGCCCCUUCCCCCACCAAGCCAGCGACCGGGAUGCAGACAUCAGAGCGUGAGGGAGGUGGGCCAGAGGUGAGCCCCAGCGUGAUGCCUGAGGCUCCCCCAGAGUCUCCACCUGCCCCUACCAAGUCUCCAGCGUUUGACCUCUUCAACUUGGUUCUCUCCUACAAGAGGCUGGAGAUCUACCUGGAACCCCUGAUGGAUGCAGGUGACGGUGUUCGAUACUUGCUCAGGUGGCAGACGCCUAUGUGUUCCUUGCUGACCUGCCUGGGCCUCAACAUCUUGUUCCUCACUUUGAAUGAGGGUGCAUGGUACUCGGUAGGUGCCCUGAUGAUUUCAGUGCCCGCCCUGCUGGGCUACCUUCAGGAGGUUUGCCGGGCUCGGCUGCCAGAGUCUGAGUUGAUGCGGAGGAAGUAUCACAGCGUGAGGCAGGAGGACCUGCAGAGAGUUCACCUGUCUCGCCCUGAGGCCGUGGCUGAGGUGAAGAGCUUCCUGAUCCAGCUGGAGGCCUUGUUGAGCCGCCUGUGCUGUACCUGUGAAGCUGUCUACCGCGUGCUGCAUUGGGAGAACCCCACCGUGUCCUCACAGUUCUAUGGGGCUCUUCUGGGCACUGUGUGCAUGCUGUAUCUGCUGCCGCUCUGCUGGGUCCUUGCCCUUUUAAACAGCACACUCUUUCUGGGGAAUGUGGAGUUUUUCCGAG